ACCUAUUAAAACUAGGGGAAUGGGAUUUUAUUCUGAGUUAUUAAUACGAAAGUUUGAGUGAGACUGUGUGUUAAAGAAAUAUAAUACUAACAAAAGUAAUGUAACACAGAAUAGUAUGAUGGAUGCUAUAAAACAAAUUAUUAUUAUAGAACUUUAUUAGAUAUUUAGGAGUCCCAGGAUGCAGCCAUUGUGCAAAAACACUUGUUAGUUCAGGAUGAUGUGAAGCUGGUUUCUGUCUCCAGCAUUCAUUUGGUGAGACAGAGGUACAGUCUAGAGAUGUCACAAUCACAGGGCAUGUGGACCGGUAUAACCUGUGUAAAAUUAAAUAUUAGAAUAAACUUUCAUGUUUCAGUUUAGUUCUUCAAAUGCAGGAUUAAAUUUAUAAAUGUGUACAAAGGUUUAUUUGUGGUUUUAUUUCAAUAAUAGCUUGUUAUAAAAACAGUAUCUGCUUUUUUCAGAUUCUAACUUUCUUCUCUUCUCCAUCCAGCUGGACCUGACUCUCUCAUCAUAGCCAUAGACUUUGGUUCAGGAUUCAGUGGCUACGCCUUCAAUGUUAAACCCAGAGAGGAAGGAGGUGAGACCCAGAUAAAGAGAUGGAGUAAUGGACUUGGACUAGACACCCCAAAGACUCCAACCUGCAUCCUGUUUGAUGAACAUGAAGAAUUUAUGAAGUUUGGUUAUGAAGCUAAAACAGCAUUUACCAAUAUGAGAGAAGAAGAAGCUGAGAAACAUUAUUUCUUUGAACAGUUCAAGACGACUGUCCUUAGCAGAGACUUCAGCAAGCUGACAGUUAAAGUAGCCAACGACAAGUCAAUGACAACGUUGAAGGUCUUUGCAGAAGUUUUGCGAUUCCUGAAGGACGAUGCUCUGAAAACCAUUAAAGAUCUAGAAGGUGGAGAGUUCACAGCUGAUGACUUCACCUGGGUGCUGACUGUUCCUGAACUCUUGAAAGAUUCCACUAAAGAGCUCAUAAUAAAAUCUGCAACUCAGGCUGGUCUUGUAACAGACGACACUAGAAGCAAAGUGAUGUUUGUUUUGGAGUCAGAAGCAGCUUUGACCUGGUGUUUGAAGCUUCAAUCUGAUGGUUUCAUCACACAGAACCACAGCAGAGACUCACAGGAUCAAUCUGCAGGAGCAGCAGAACCUGAUACCAGCUGUAACGAUCCAGCAGGAAGUCAGGAGGCCGUACAGUUUACUGUGGAACCAGAAGAAACCAAAGUCCUGCUGGAGACCCAAAGCGACGGGAAACGGUACCUUGUUGUCGACUGUGGAGAUUACAGUCACUUCACUGUCCAUGACGUCCUGAAAGGAGGAGCCCUGAAGACGAAGCACGAGGCUCCUAAAAAUGAUCUGGAAGGACAAACUGUAGAGAGAAAAUUCAAACAGUUUCUGAGAGAAAUAUUUUGUGAUGGUGUCUGGGAUGAAUAUGAGCAAAACUUCGCCAGUGAGGUUAAAAAAAUCAUGUAUGAUUUUACUCGUCUCAAACAUUUGGAUGAAGAUGUUCAGAUCAGUUGCCCGGAUAACCUGAAAGACGAGGCUCAGAAAAAGAAACAGAUUGAAACGUUCUUUGAUUCAGUGGAAGGAGCUUCCUGGGAUGAUGGAUCUAUCAGAAUCUCCAGAGAAAAACUGAGAUUUUUCUAUGAUGAGAAUCUGCAGAGAAUCACCGAGAGACUCAGAGAAAUAUUAGACAAUAAUCUCAACAUUGGUUAUAUUGUGUUAGUGGGAGGAUUUGCUGAGAACCAGAUUCUACGUCAGCACAUCACUGAUCAGUUUGAACCUCAGUAUAAAGUCCUGUGUCCUCUUAGACCCCAGGAAGCAAUCCUGAAAGGAGCCGUAGAGUUGGGGAGAAACCCGAAGUUGGUGGAGUCUCAGAGAAAACAUCCAGCUUGGUUCAAAUGUUUAUCAUGAGAUUUAUUUUUCUGUUUUUUACUAUAAUUUCUUAAUGCAAGUAGUCUUUGAGGUACAAAGAGUGAAGUUUUCAUUUUCAUAAAUACAACAAAUUACCAGCAACUAAUACUACUAAUAAAAAAUAAUGAUAACUUUAAUGGUGAUUUUUAAUCACAGAUUAAAGUUAAAAUAAACUGACAGAAAUAAGAAACUUUAAAUUCUUAACAUCCGAAUUAAAAAUAAUGUGCUGACAGUCAUCAAAUAUCAGUAUAAUGUUAAAUGUUGUUAAUUCUGUAGUGUAAUUGAAGUUUCUUGUAUUUUAGUUUGACUCUUUUUUUUUCAUCAGUUUUAUUUUGGUGAGCCCGGCACUUCCUGUUCUCUCUACUUCCUGCUUUCUUUCAUUUCUGAGUUUCUGCUGUUGGUUUGGUUGGUUUUGACUCUCAUGUCUGUUUCCAUUUAUCAGAUUCUGCUUUUUGUGCUUACUUCCUGUUGUUCCUUUCAUUCUCUUUGAUUCUCUCUUUUCUCUUUUCCCAGUUUUUCUCACAGCUGUUUCCACUCUGAUAAUUGUUAGGUAGGUAAGACAAGGUAAUUUCAUUUAUAUAGCACAUUUUCAACAACAACACAAUUCAAAGUGCUUUACAUAAAUUAAAAGGGAAAUUCAAAUAAAAUAACAAACCAAAGGAAAGAGCAAAAUGGUUCUGAUUUCCAUUCUUGGAUUUAUUUGGUUUAACGUUUUUUCUUUUAUUUUCUAACUUUCUUUUCUAGUCAUUAAAUAUUUUUCUCUAUGAUUCCACCUCUACUUCUAUCAUGUCUACAUUUGACUCCUCCACACAUCCACCAGUGUUUCAGUGGUUAAACUGGACAUGAACUCUUCUGGGCUCCAGAACAUUUGGCAACAUUACAUCUGUAAAAGUCAGAUUUUUAUUUUGUAUGUUUUGGUUCUGAAUAAUUCAGACACUAUGUUUGUUUGUUUGUUUUUGGUGGGGGGUCAGUUUACACAUACCUAAUAUGU